GCUCCACCGACGCGUUCACCAAACCAGGCCAACUCGUCGGAUGCCCGCGACCUGUGAGGUAUGGGUGGGGGGCCACCAACGAUUGACGAAACCGACAUUUCCAUCGACCAACUUGAGCAACCUCAUGCCGGCCGGCACACAAACCCCGAUCCCGCCGCCGAAUAAGACCACUUAAGAAGAAGAAAGACCACCCAACAAGAUCACCCAACGAAACACACACAAACCCGAGCAGCAGCAACAUCCGCAAAAAACAACGGCAACAAUGCCGCCAUGGCCCCCCGCCAGCAGCAGCACACCUUCACCACGGUGCCCAACCCGCUGGGGAUGCAGGGCCUCAUGGCGCGGCCGACCGACGGCCCGCAGAGCAAGCCGCCGAUGACGUCCAAGCAGGCGCAGAAGCUGUACCGGGAGGCGACGCGGGGCCCGCGCCUGUCGCGCGCCGAGCAGCGCCGCGUCGAGCGCGAGGAGCAGGACCGCAUCCGCCGCGAGCUCGACCGCGACCGCCAGACCACCCGCGCCCGCGCCCUCCGCGACCGCCAGCGCGACAAGGACCGCCGCGCCCGCGACGACAGGAAGCGCAAGGGCCUGCCCCUCGUCGAGCCCCGCGCCAGUCAGGGUACCAUUUCGCGGUUUUUGAGGGGGAAUGGGGCUGGCAGGAAGCGUGAUGCGGUGGGGGAGGCGGUGGGCGUGGCGGUGGGCUUGCCGCCCGUGCGGGAGGAGGUUGAGGUUGAGGUUGCUGGGGAUAGCCGAUCGUCUACCGAGGACGGGGUGGGUGGGGGGAAUACACUGGCCGGAGAGGCAGCGGGGAUAAUAAGUGAGGGCAAGAGGCGGCGGUUGGGGGAUGGGUUGGAGGAGGGUAAUGAUGAUACAGAAAAGACGACAGAGAUCAAGGGGGUGGAGGUCAAGGGGGUGGGGAUACCUGCCAAAGGGGUUGAGCGUCCUGGGGGCGAGGAUCUCACUGCCAACGGACCACAGCCGACACCCAGUGGCCCUGGUCCCGCACCUCUGGGGAAAAGAGCCGACAAGGGAGUGACCCGAGGCGAGGGCAAAGGGGAUCUGAUGUCCGAGAAGGGGAACCCCUUGGAGACACCAAGGUCGAAAGAGCCGAAAGGGCCCAGAACGGAAACGACACCUGGGAGGAAGACAAGCCCGGAGGACACAAAACCUUGUCCGGCAUCAAACAGCACAGGGAACACGGCGCACACCGAAAACGCAAAGACUACUGGUGACGUGGUUACCAUGAAGGCGCUUGCAAAACCCCCGGUUUCCCGUCCCUCCAGGCUUGGAACACCUGAUCAGCCCACGUCGGGUCGUGAGAAGGGCAUGUUGGGAACAACACCCGACCCGGCGCCAAAAAAGACCCCCUUGAACAAGCCAGCGCAAACACCAAACCCCCAGUCUCAUACUGCCCGCCCACCGCAGCAACAGCGUCCUCCGAAACCUGCACCAGUUCAGCCCCCACCGACUCGAAAAGUGUUGCAAGAGACAACCAAUACCCCGAAUCGAAUUCGGCCACCACCUGGUUCGGACAGCGCUUCCAAGUUCGCUUUGCCCUCCAAACCGUCCCGCGCCACUCAGCGCCAGUCACCAGCCGCAGUUCCCGCGUUUAAGCAACCCAGGCCGCGGACCCCAGGCAUAGGAGGGCAUAAGCCGCAGUUUCUUCCUCCGCAUGUUCGCAAUUCGACUACGUCUUCUCGGUCAACCACCCCCAGCCCCCCCGCGAAGGACGACUUUUACUCGGCACCUCCCACGAGUACCCAGCUCUUUAUCAUGUCACAUAUAGACGACCUCUGCCCAAGCCCGACGCAGGAAGCAAGAGAGCUACGAGGUGAUCCACCUACGGCUGUCCAACCAGUGAAGCCUGCCCCUAGACAACAACCGCAGAUCCCCAGUUUCAAGGGCGACCGUCCACGGCAACCAACGCGGCAAGUCGCUCGCGUUCAGACAACAAUGCCACCGCCUCCGCGUCCUACGGUACCUGCGGAACCGGCCCGUGGGAGACCAGUCAAAGUCGAACCGACUACAGCCACGAAGCCGUGCGAUGUUCCCGCAAUCCCUUUUAUCUCUACCCAAGAUCUCCUCUUUUCCUCCCAGGACCUGCGAGACGUCGAGGAGCCCACGACAACCCCCAGCAGGACUGGAGGCACCAAGACCAGCAACAAACCACCCCCAUUCCAGCGCCGCUCUGCGGCUGUGCAGCGACCAUCGCCGUUGUCGGAUUAUUCUCCACGCGCCCCAGCUCAGCCGCAUACGACGCCUCGAUCUCGCACCAAGCCUGCCACCGUCGGAGCAAAACAGCUCCUAGCCCCUGUUAGUGCGGACAGAUCGUCGGGGGCGGUGUGUGGGAAAAAGGGUGACUGUUUGGAGCCCAAAUAUUUGUUUGCGAAGAAGCAAUCACGGCAAGAGAGCAGGUCUGGAACACCUCAGUGUCCGGCCAUACUGGAAGCAAAGGACGCGGCACCUGCAGAUGCCCAACGACGCCCUCCUCCGCGAGAGAAGCCGAGGUUUUUUGGUUCGAGCGACGAGUUGGCGGUGGCGCUGGCACUCGACCGGAGCAAGAAGACUCACGAUGAAGAAGAAAGGAGGCGUCACGGCGGACGAGGACUACCGCAGAAUGCGGGCCGAGAAGGGAUGGUCAACCCAACAGACACAGCUUCUCAGGAGACCGACUACGGCGACCCGGAGCUUGACUCGAUAGACUUUGAGGACCUGGUCACAGCCAUGAGCUAAGAUGUUAUGCAUACAUGAUGAACGAGUACGAGAUAGACUUUUACAGCGGCUGGGAUCGAUGGUCAGGACUGGUUUGCAUAUUCUUGGGGCCUUGUUUGCUUAAUGCAGCCCUAACCCUGAGAUAAUAGGAUAUCACCAACCCCUGAAUCUGCCCGACUAUCUUUGGGUGACUGACUCCCUACCUGCAGUUCGUCUACCAAAGUUAACCCACAACAUGCGGAUCUCAAAUAGGAGACACAUUCACCCAAGACACAAUACC